UAUAUUAGGUAACAAAUUUGAAAGAUUUAAUAAUAAUAGAUCAGCUAUCCAAGUAUCAGAUAUAAAAUAUUACAAUUUACAAUUUAAAUUAUCAUGUUUAUUAAAAAACAUAUGGCAAUUAGUUCAAGAUUAUAAAAUUGAAGAAUUACCUCAUCAUAAGUUAUGGCAUUGUGAUAAUUUUGAAUUUCCAAUAAUAGAAAGUAAAUUACAUAUAGCAUUUAAUGAUGAAAUUAAAAUUAAUAAAAAUUUAAAUGAUAUGAAUGAAUUACAAAAUAAGUUAUUAUAUAUGAAUCUUGAAGAUUUAGAAGUUGAUGAUAUAGUUUUUGAAGAUGAAGAUACAAUUAUGGAUGAAUUAUCUAGAAAAAAUAAAAAACAUAAACAUCCUGUUAUAAUAGUAGAAGAUCAUAAUAAUUAA